AUGUCCCAAAGUUCAGACUUUGAGGCGACGAACUCCGUAUCGCCUUCGCCUUUCAUACUGGGUCCCUUGACACCAGCCUCGUCCACACCCGAGCCAUCUACGCCGGCUGAGGCUCGCGCCGGUCGACGGGAGGAAGAUCGGCUGUUCCGACACUUCCGUGGCUACACGUGGUCCCAACGAAGCAGAAAUACAAAAUCAUGGGUUUGGGAGUAUGGCUUCGAUAUCGAGAAAGGCUCAGAUCGGCGAUGGGUCUGCAGAGUGUGCAUUGAACGGAACCGGCCGAAGCCCGGCAACGUCAUUUCCAUUGGCACCCAAAACGCCGAGCGGCAUCUCUGGGACCACCACAAAAUUCUUGAUCCUUCCGGAAAACGGUCGGCGCCAGUGUCUCGAAAAAAACCGUCCAUGGGAUACCAGACGAUCACAACUGCCUUCAACCUCAACCCAAGCGUGCCCCGAGAGCAGGCCAUUGCGAGCCACAUCGUCAAGAACUUUGACAAAAAUGUCUUCCAGCGUCUGGUGGUCGAAUGGAUCGUGGAGGGCAACCUGUCCUUCCGAGAGCCCGAGAAUAAGAGGUUGCGGGACAUUUUUGAGUACCUGAACCCCUUGGUUGCGAGCGCCGAUGCGCAUAUCAGUCACGAUACGGUUCGCAAGCGCGCCAUUGCCGAGUUCGAGAAACACAAGGAGAAAGUUAUCGAGAUAUUAAAAAAUGCUCCUGGCUUAAUACACAUUUCUUUCGAUGGUUGGAGAUCGCGAAAUAAGCACUCUCUAUAUGGUGUUGCAUGCUUCUUUCGAGAUGAGGAUGGCAAGGCAUGCAAGCUUAUCCUCGGGGUGCCUGAGCUGACAGUUCGACACUUUGGGGCUAAUAUUGGACACGAAAUCAUCGAGAUGCUCGAGUCCUACGAGAUCCCCGACGAGAAGAACGGGUACUUUACACUUGACAACGCACCAAACAAUGACACUGCCAUGGAUACCAUUGGGGAGAGAUUCACCUUUUGCGGCAGGGGACGACGCGGCCGCUGCUUUGGCCACGUAAUCAAUCUUGUGGUUAAAGCCAUUCUCUUUGGGAAGGAUGCCGACGCAUUUGAAUCCUGUUCGCGAGAAGGAGAUGUUUCAGACACGACCGAGCAUGAGCUGUGGCGGAGGAAAGGGCCGGUUGGCAAGCUCCAUAAUCUAGUGGUCGCGAUCCACCGAUCCGAUGUGCUCACCACACUUCUCCGCAGUAUCCAACGGCUAGAGUUCGACGAAUCUGAGGAUCCACGUGUGAGAAUCCGGAAGCCUCUGGACGUUGUGGUCGACAACGAAACGCGCUGGUUGUCGCAACUGUAUAUGAUACGACGGGCAUUAAGGCUUAGGCCCUAUCUAGAGACACUGGUUCUAAAGCAUAAACAAGCUUGGGAAAAGGAUAACCCAUUAAAGCGGUCAAAGCGGCUGAGGACAAGCGCAGUCAUGCCUUCCAUAUGCCGGGAGGAGAAUAAACUAGACGACAAGGACUGGGCAGUUCUAGAGGCGUUUGGAAAUAUCUUGCAGAGCUUUGAGGACGCCGUCAAGGCGCUUGAGGGUGACGGGAUCCAACGCAGGCGCAAGCAGGGACACUUCGAGUCCUAUGGUAAUGUGUGGGAUGUGGUCGUGGGAUACGAAUUCUUGCUGGCAGAAUUGGAGAAGGCCAAAGCCAAGGUCCUUCAAUAUCCUGAGCCUGAGCAUUUCAAGGUUAAUAUUAAUCUUGCCUGGAAAAAGCUGGACGAGUACUACAACAAGUUGGACGAGACUGCGAUAUAUUACACGUCAUUGGCAUUGCACCCGGCUUAUCGAUGGGGAUAUUUCGAAACCGUUUGGUCUGGACGACCGGCGUGGGUCGCCAAAGCAAAAGAUAUAGUGCAGUCUGUUUGGGAUAAAGAAUACAUGACCUUAGAUAUCUCGUUGGGGGACGAGCCAGCCGCAAAGCGUCCGCGGACACAAUACUACUCUCCGUUUGAACGAUACAAGGAUGAAGCUCGGAUACACCGUUGCGAAGAAGAAAGAGACGCGGACAAGGCAGAGGAUGAGUAUGCUAGGUGGCAACUGGACCUGUUGCCUACGGAUAGCGACAUCCGUGAUCCGCGGGAGUAUUGGCAUGCUCAGCGGUUCAAGUAUCCCAGGCUAUCGCGAAUGGCAAUGGACUUCAUGACGGUUCAGGCGAUGAGCGCAGAGUGCGAGAGGUUAUUCUCGGCGGCAGGUCGCAUGGUGACGCCUCUACGGAGUCAGUUAGAGGCAAGCACGAUAGCGAUUUGCCAGGUGCUGCGUUCAUGGCUGCAGGCGGGUAUCGUGGAGGAGGUAGAUCCAAUACUACUGAAGAAGGCCGACGAAACAGUGACCAGACAACCAGUGGAUGAAAAUGCAGCAGGAGAAUGGCUUCGAGAUUUGCCAAUGCAGAUGCGGGAGGAAGAGACAGGGUGGGAGUAG